UGUUGUGUCCAUGGUGUCGUCGUUCGUCGUCUCUUUAAAAAAUAUAUUUGCCUUGAGCUGCCUUGAUUUUAAUUAAAACCGUACUCGAUUUUUUGAGUUUGUGUCUUGCUUUUCGAUUUGACAUGGUUUACGAAACAUCUUCUCACUUAAGUAAACAGAAACAGUAAUAUCAAUUUUUGAAAACACCAUGAAAAAAUCUGGUGGAAAACAAACCAGAAAGUACGUUCCUAUAUCGAAUUCAGAGUUGGUAAAAGGAGAAAUUUUACUGCCUGGGCGACAUCCAUGCUCCUGUGAAGCAACCAAACAUGAACUUGUUAAUAACUGCCUGCACUGUGGACGUAUUGUCUGUGUACAAGAGGGAUCUGGGCCGUGUUUCACAUGUAAAAAUUUGGUUUGUACACCAAAAGAACAAGAAAUGAUAGCACGCCAGUCCAAAGCUGGGUUCAAAUUGUAUACUAAGUUGAUGAAUCUAGAGAAUGCUAGUAUAAUUGAUGAUAUUUCACGCCAGAAUUAUGAUUCAAAUUUAAAGUCUGCAAUUGAUCAUAGGAAUAAACUACUUGAGUACGAUAAGACAGUAGAAAAGAGACUCAAAGUCAUUGAUGAUGAAAAUGAUUUUUUCCAAGUUGAUAACAAAUGGCUAUCCAGCAAUCAACGGAAAAUUUUAAAUGAAAAGAAAGAAGAAUAUGAUGAGCUUCUUCUUAAUCGUCAAAAGACCAAGUUUACAUUCGAUUUUGCUGGUAGGAAAGUUGUUGAAGAAAAUCCUAAUAUAGACAUAGACGUAGAUAAAUUGUUGGAGUCGGACACAAGCAUAUUUGAAUGUGAAGACCCUACAAGUAUUGACCUUCCUACGGAUUUCAAUCCAGUGUAUGAAGAGUCAAAUAUUGGAAGAAAAAAGUAUUAUGAAAUCAAGGAUGCUCAAGAAGUGAAGCCUUCAGUUGCAAUUAGAAUCCAAGAUCGUGAAUUACAAGAAAUGUCAGAUGAAGGCUGGUGCCUUAGUUUACACCAACCAUAUGCAUCUCUUGUUGUUUCUGGGAUAAAGAAACAUGAAGGCAGAGUUUGGUAUACAAGUUAUAGAGGGCGCCUCUGGAUACAUGCAGCUGGGAAGGUACCCACAAAGCGAGAAAUAUCAGAUAUUGAAAAUCUUUAUCGUUCAAAUAUUGGUAACUGUAAGUUUCCUGAGAGUUAUCCUGCUGGUUGCUUAAUUGGCUGUGUUGAUCUUGUUGAAUGUUUGCCCCAAGAAGAGUAUGAAAUACAGUUUCCAAAAGGUGAAAUAGCUUCUCCAUAUGUUCUUUUGUGUGAAAAUGCCCAUGAAUUAAUGAUAAAGUUUCCAAUGAAAGGAAAGCAUAAAUUAUUCAAACUUGAAAGCAAUAUUCACCAGGCUGCAAAGAAAACAAUAAGAAAAAGCAUGUAAAUUUGAGAAUUAUGUUAAUGUUUGCAAAAACUUAAAUAUAUACUUUUGAAUAGAG